AGGAAGGCCAGAGCGUCGUGAAAACGAAAUAGAUUCCUUUGCACAGGCGUGGUGUGGAACUGCUACGUAGAAUGAGCACGGAUAGCAAAGGCCAAAAAUGGCUUCAGCAAACGUUCCUUUGAACGAAUAUUGCCUUAUUCAGUUGCCUAUUUGUCUCAAAUCGCCAUCUUGUCUGAAGAAAGUAAUAGGAAAUGAGCAGGAAUUCAUCUCUCUUUGUAAACAGGAGCUUGAUGUUCCUAUAUCUAUAUAUCCAGACAACCCAUAUAUUGGAAAUACCGCAUUACACAAAAAAGACUCAAACAAACUAAUCCUGAAAGUUGAAAGGAAAGGCGACAAAGUGUCAGGUGAAAUUAUCGGAAAAGUGAAAUCCGAAUAUGCGGCUACAGGCAUGAUGGAUUUUAUGUAUCUCCCUGAAAAGCAGUUUUACGAGGUGUGUGAUGACGGGAUUAUUCCGCAUUUGGACGCUUUUGAUAAUGCAAACAAAUCUCAAUUCCCCUAUAUUUUGCCUAUUCGCUUCACCCCAUACAGCGUUCCAUUCGACAUCAAUAUGCAUGAUAGCAACCUGGAGAAGGAGCGAACCAUCGAGAAAGACCAUAUUUUUGUUUCAAGUGAGUCAAAAACACCGGAAGGUCCUCGAUCCACGCUUCCAGGCAUUCCGGAGGAUAGUAAUUUGUCUUAUUACCUCCAGUCGGUGCGAUGUCUGGUCGAAAACCAGCCGAUUUGGGACAAGCAGUAUCUAGUGCUCCGCGUGGCCGAGAUGUAUCCCAACGAGCCAAAAGAAACGGUGAGAAACAACGUGUAUCUUGUGGUUCCUUACGUGUGCUACGUGCUUACAGACGGUCCCUUUCGAAACUGCUGGGUCCGUUUUGGGUUCAAUCCAUCCAAGGAACCGUCGUCUUGGAUUUACCAGUAUGUAGAGUUCCGAUUUUCAAAACGACCGCAAUUGCUCGAUGGCUCAACCUCUGAGUCUCUUCCCUGCUUGUACGAGAUUCCGUUGAGUCUGCAUAACAAAUACCCGCUCUGCGAACUUCAGUCCUCUCGCGAAAUGAAGCAGCUCAUUUCGGCGAUGAAGCCCAAUUCCACCUAUCAAAAACGAUCGGGUUGGCUGCCCAUCGACUAUCCGAUCAAAAUUCGAGGGCUCUUAAAGAAGCAGGCGAUUAUACUGCUUAACAAGAACGGAUAUGACACGCAAACAGUGGGUCCUUGUCUUGGAUCCCUCAUCACAUAG